AUAAAAUCCAGCAUGUCCAAAUCCACCGAAUUUUUUUGCCGUCUGCCUCGUAACAUCGACUUGACGCAAGACUACGAAGACAUCACCCCCUCUCCAAAAGCCAGUGCUGAAUGUCGUGCUGCAUUGUACUCUGCCAAUGGUGAGUACUUUGCUUAUACCCAACCAGAAGAAGUGAUAGUGAUCAACACCAAGACCAAGGCAGAACUCUAUUGCAAGAUCGACUUCAAGGAAGUGUUUGACAUCUACUUUUCGCCUCAAGGUACAUACUUGUGUUUGUGGUGCAAGCCAAUCUGCUUGGACAAGGAGAGCGGAGUGUGGAACAAAAACUUGAAGAUCUUCAACUUGAAGACCCAGAAAGUCAUCAUCGAAUGGUCCCAAAAGCAUCAGAACGGAUGGAAGCCUCAGUUCACCUCCAACGAGACCAUUUUCGCCAAGUCUGCUGCCAACAACAAGGAAAUACAUUUCUUUGAGAUAAAUUCAAGCUUGGAUGACUUGAUCAAUAUCAACCAACCAGCACACAAAUACAAGGUUAGUGACCCUAAGAUCCCAUACCAGAAUUUCCAGAUUUCUCCAGGUAUGAACCCUUCGGUGGCCAUUUUCAUUCCUGAAAAGAGUGGCAAGCCAGCCAGUGUGUUGAUUUACAACAUUCCAAACUUCAACCAGCCCACCUGUUCCAAGAACUUCUUCAAGGCUGAGAAGUGUCAAUUGAAAUGGAACUCUCUCGGUACUGCGUUAUUGGCGUUGUCGUCAACUGACCACGAUUCUACCAACCAGUCGUACUACGGUGAAACCAACUUGUAUCUUUUGGGUAUAGCCGGAUCCUACGACUCCCGUAUUGAUCUCAAGAGAGAAGGCCCUAUCCACGAUAUCACCUGGUCGCCUUCUGCUCGUGAAUUUGCUGUGAUAUACGGAUACAUGCCAUCCGAAACCACCUUCUUCGAUGCCAGAGGAAAUGCUAUCCACCAUUUGCCAACAGCCCCAAGAAACACCAUUUUGUACUCUCCACACGCCAGAUUCGUCUUGGUAGCUGGUUUCGGUAACUUGCAGGGUACCGUUGAUGUGUAUGACCGUCAAAACAAGUUUGCAAAGGUUGUGUCCUUUGAAGCCUCCAACACUUCGGUUUGCGAGUGGUCUCCAUGUGGCAGAUUUAUAUUGACUGCCACCACCUCGCCCAGAUUACGUGUUGAUAACGGGUGCAAGAUCUGGCAUGCUAGCGGCAAGUUAAUCUACUUGAAGGAGUACCAAGAGUUGUAUUCCAUUGGAUGGAAGCCUCAGCCACUUACCGAUUUCCCAGGCUUGAGACAGCUUGAACCUGCUCCAGAGCCACACGUUUCGACAAAGGAAUGGACCGCCAAGAAGGAGGCUGCUGCUACUGCAGCUGCCAGCAAGCCUUCUGGUGCCUACCGUCCACCUCAUGCCAGAAACUCCGCCAGUUCCACUGCAUCCUCUUCGUUGUACGAGAGAGAGUUGAAGAACAAGUUACAGGGACAGGCACAAAAGAACGGAAUCAACCCCUCCAGUGGCAGGGCCCGUGUUGUUCCAGGUGCAGCUCCACCAGUUGAAAAGGAGAGCAAGAGUGCUGCUAAGAACAGAAAGAAGAGAGAGGCCAAGAAGCAGCAGCAAGAGGGUGUUGCACCAUCUCCCGAGACCUCCACUCCAGCCUCGCCCCAGCCUGAGGCUGCUGUCGUUGGUGGAGUUGCUUCGCUCGAAGAGAAGAAGAUCAGAUCAUUGUUGAAGAAGUUGAGAGCCAUUGAACAGCUAAAGAUGAAGCAGGCUGGAGGCGAGCCUUUAGAAGAUACUCAGGUCAGCAAGAUCCAAAAGGAAGAUGACAUCAGAAAGGAAUUGAGCCUUUUGGGAUGGAAUGAAUAGAAAUAUAGUUAAUAUUACUGGGCGAAAUAGCCAACGUCAGUCAACAGCACGAAUGUAGAGGGGAGGCAUAGAUUAUGGAGUAUACACCACCAACAUCAUGCAGAAGAAUGUUCAAGCUGCUGAAACUUCCGGAUAUAGGACACCUACAGAACACUUGACAGGACAGGAAUGAG